AUGAAUGUGGGGACGGCGCACAGCGAGGUGAACCCCAACACUCGAGUGAUGAACAGCAGGGGGAUGUGGCUCUCGUACAUCCUGGGAAUCGGGCUCCUCCACAUCAUCCUGCUCAGCAUCCCUUUCGUCAGCGUGCCGGUGGUCUGGACCCUCACCAACCUCAUCCACAACCUGUGCAUGUACCUCCUGCUGCACACGGUCAAAGGGACGCCCUUUGAGACCCCAGACCAGGGUAAGGCUCGCCUCCUGACCCACUGGGAGCAGAUGGACUACGGUGUUCAGUUCACAGCGUCCCGCAAGUUCCUCACCAUCACACCUAUUGUUCUGUACAUAUUAACCAGCUUCUACACCAAAUAUGACAGAGCCCAUUUUGUGGUCAACACGGUGUCUUUGCUCACCGUGCUCAUCCCCAAACUGCCCCAGCUGCACGGCGUCAGGAUCUUUGGGAUUAAUAAAUACUGACGAGCCAGAGGACGAGAGGAGCAGGAGGUCCUCUGCUCCCGCGGACUGCUGAGAGCGCACCGGGCCUCAGGAGGACUUGUCGUGGUCCUUCAGCACCUAAAAAGGAAGUCCGCUGAGGAUACUGCCAUGGUACGAACCGAAAAGACUCCAAGGAGAGUGCACGAAGGGAAAGUGUGGCAAAGAGUCACGUUUUUCCCCCCUCAAAGUUUAUUUAAAGAUAAGUUGAUGUCUUAAUUUCUUUUAACGGGUGCAGAGGAG